AUGGCCAUGAAUCAAAUCAAAGGCCACAAUAUCUACGUCGGCGGUAUAUUCUGUCUGAAAAACAAAGCAGCAAUGGCCCGAGCAGAUAUCUCCCACGUGCUAUCGGUGCUACGGCUGAACCCAUCAGAGGGGACCUUCGAGGGCUAUGAGCAUCACUCCAUAGGAGUUGAUGAUACUGAUGAAGAUAAUCUAUUGGAACAUUUCCCCGCGGCCAUCAAGUUCAUCCAAGCCGGCCUAGACACCGGUGGUGGCGUCCUCGUACACUGUGCGAUGGGGAAGUCCCGCUCCGCAACCAUUUGCAUCGCCUACUUGCUCCACCGCCAGCCGGGGGCGCUCACACCGCAGUCUGCCCUUGCGCUGGUCCGCGAAACCCGGCCCCUCUGUGAACCCAACGAUGGCUUUAUGGAGCAGCUCGAGCUGUACCAUGAGAUGGGCUGUCCAGAUGAUGUCACCGACCAUCCAUUGUACCAGCGCUGGCUGUAUCGCCGCGACGUCGAGGAAAGCGUAGCGUGUGGCCGAGCCCCAGAGCUAAAGUCAGUGCGAUUUGAAGAUGAACAGCCCAUGCGAUCCCAAGAAAGAACCGGUCAAACCGUCGAGAUCAAAUGCCGGAAAUGCAGACGAAAAUUGGCAACAACCCCAUUCAUCAUUCCACAUGAACAGGAAAAGCAAAACAGCGCCAAGAUCAACCCGUCCGCCAACUGCGGCCAUGUCUUCCUUCACCCCCUGACAUGGAUGCGCCCGAGUCUCUUCCCAUCCGACAAUGCAUCCGAGCCUGCCGCCGACACAAUAUACGGAGCCCAUCCCGAUGAUGCUCCCCUCUCCGGCCGCUUGACUUGCCCCAAUCCUGGCUGCGGGGCUAAUAUCGGUAAAUUCGCGUGGCAAGGCAUGCAGUGCAGCUGUAACCAUUGGGUUGUACCUGCUAUUGGUCUUGCCAAGGCGCGGGUUGACAUUGCAAAUCAAAUCAACGUUGCCCAGGGCCCAAGGAGCAACCCUGCUAUCCGUCUUCCUCCGAGCAUGCGGGCUCCUGAAUCUAAUGAUACUGGGCGUGGUAAUCUAUGA